AUGGAGCUGACCAUUCCUUUCCUUCAGGGUAUCCGGGUAUACACUUCGGGGCCAAACGUCGCCACAACGUUCAAUCAGACUUUCUGGACAACGAUUUCUACAACUCCCUCUCCGACCACGACCACAACAGUCGCCUCCGGGACGCUGAGCGGCACCGACGGUCUUGUAAAUGCAUAUGGCGUCGAGAUUCGCUGGCAGUCAACGGACUUCAGCAACGCCCCAGCCACAGCCAUUGCGACCACCACCGGUGCAGCAGCCGAAGCAACCCAUGACUCAUCUGGCUUGUCAGCAGGUGCCAGCGCAGGAAUUGGAGUCGGGGCGGCCGUCGCGGUCAUAUUUCUCGUUGCGCUGGGGUUCUUCCUUCUGCGUCGACGCAGGCUCCCGGAGAAUCCGCCUGGCGAUGGAAAGCAGGGGGAUUCGUACAUAACACUUCCGGAACAUCCAAGCCGGAUGCAAGGAGAAGUUGAGUUACCAGCAAAUCCGUCGAGUGCUGCCGUUUAUCAGAAGGCGGAGUUGGCGGAUAAUCCUGUGUAUGAAAUGGAAGGAGGCUCGAAACGAGCUGAACUGGGAGCGUCGAGUCCCCAAUGA